CACUCGGCACCUAGUCGCCGGGCAUGUUGCCCCUCCCGUCCGUCCAUUCUCCCUUUGCGCCCCUUCUGUGAUCCCCUCCAAUCGCUGCAAUCUCUUCCCCCACCUCGACAUGUACUCUCCCGGCCCCCUGGUCGGUGCCUGGCUGUCGCCGAGCCUCUCCCCCUUCGGCGUGUAUCUUCCCCUGGUCACGGCUGGCCUGUUGCUGGUUGGGUUGAUGUUCAUCGGGACCUUCAUCCAGUCCAUCUCGGCGCACCGUGCCCUGGAUGGCUCGAAAGGCGGCCGCCCAUCAUCCAUUCUUUCGGACAUGGCUCUGGCCAUGGCGGCUUCGCUAUUGCUGGGCUUCGGCAUCAUCAGCCUGGCGGCCCUGUUGGGUGUUCCUCUGUAAUAUCGUGGCCUCCUCACACCCUACUUGGAGCCCUAUGCUCCCACCUUCUCGCCCUCUCUCUCUCUUUCUCUGUCUCUGUCUCUGUCUCUCCUGUCCUUGUGAAAUGUAAAUUAGUCUCUUCUGGACA